AUGGAUUUACAGAGAGGUUUAGUGUUAUUGUGUUGUGUUCUUUCUCUUUUGACAAUCCAAACGACGGCGUAUCGAGAGAGACAGCUGCUGCUCCAACCGCAAGAAACGGCGGCGAUAGACACCGCAAACACGGCGGUGGCGGUUCAAGAUCGGGGUUUGAAAACGCGGCGGCCGGAGCAUAAGAACGCAUACGCAACGAUGAUGUACAUGGGAACGCCAAGGGACUACGAGUUCUAUGUGGCGACACGUGUCUUGAUCAGAUCGCUGAGAAAUCUUCACGUGGAAGCUGAUCUUGUCGUCAUCGCUUCUCUCGACGUCCCUCUCCGAUGGGUUCAAACUUUGGAAGAGGAAGAUGGAGCUAAAGUGGUGAGAGUUGAAAAUGUGGAUAAUCCAUACAGGAGACAAUCCCACUUCAACAAUAGAUUCAAGCUUACCUUGAACAAGCUCUACGCUUGGGCUCUGUCUGAUUACGACCGUGUGGUCAUGCUAGAUGCCGACAACCUCUUCCUCAAGAAAACCGACGAGCUGUUCCAGUGCGGACGCUUCUGUGCUGUCUUCAUAAACCCAUGCAUCUUCCACACUGGCCUCUUCGUCUUGCAGCCUUCCGUGGAAGUGUUCAAGGACAUGCUCCACGAGCUACAAGUUGGAAGAGAGAAUCCUGAUGGAGCUGAUCAAGGCUUUCUUGUCAGUUACUUCUCCGAUCUUCUUGACCAACCUCUCUUUCGUCCUCCGAGUAAUGGAUCUGUUCUCACUGGUCACUUAAGACUUCCCUUGGGUUACCAAAUGGAUGCCUCUUAUUUCUAUCUUAAAUUAAGAUGGAACAUACCAUGUGGACCAAACAGUGUGAUAACAUUCCCAGGAGCUGUCUGGUUAAAGCCAUGGUACUGGUGGUCAUGGCCUGUUCUUCCACUAGGUCUCUCAUGGCACGAACAGCGUCGCACAACUCUAGGUUACUCAUCAGAGAUGCCUUUAGUCAUAAUCCAAGCAAUCUUCUACCUCGGAAUCAUAGUGGUCACAAGACUAGCUCGUCCUAACAUAACCAAGCUAUGUUACCGCCGCUCAGACCGCAACUUAACAGCGAUCCAAACAGGUUUCAAGCUCCUCUCACUUCUCUCUGUACUCGCAGCCUACGUCUUCCCGUUCUUCACCAUCCCUCACACCAUACACCCACUCAUCGGCUGGUUUCUCUACUUGAUGGCUUCUUUCGCUCUCUCCUCCAUACCAAUCAACACUCUCCUCCUCCCAACGCUCCCUGUUCUCACUCCCUGGAUAGGUAUUCUCGGCACGCUUCUCGUCAUGGCCUUCCCUUGGUACCCUGAUGGAGUUGUGAGAGCCUUGUCGGUUUUCGGAUACGCUUUCUGCUGCGCACCGUUCGUGUGGGUUGCGUUCAACAAGAUCACGUCGCAUCUCCAGGUUUUGAUUGAGAAAGAAGUCCUCUUUCCGAGAUUGGGAGACUCAGGGAUCACUUCAGGCUUCAGCAAAUUGUAUUAG